AUGGCGGUGGUAGAGAUGGAGUUGUACAUCAAGGAAGACCUCCAGGAGGAGCCCCCUCCCAGUUCCCCGGUGGAAACCCAGGAAGGGGAGCCGGGGGACCCCAGGUGGACAGACAUGUCUCGGGAGGGGGCUGCGGAGAGCCCCAGCACAGAGGACCCUGUUCUCUGCCCCCGACGCAGCUGUGGGCUUUUCCAGGAGGAUGUGGCUGAAGUCGGCUCCAUGUCAGGUGUGGCAUCAGAUACCCCAGGGGCUGUAUACCUCUGGGCUGGCAGCAGGAAGAAGGUCCUCGAGGAAGAGGCCCACUGCCGUGCCAGCUGCAAGGCUGGGGGCGCUCCUGGGGCCAGCCUGGAGGCUGCCCACUUGAUGGUCCUGGAGCUGCAGGCUGUGGGGCAGAGCCAGGAUUUGGUGCCUGGCUCCAGGCUCCACAUCCAGGUGCCCGCAGUGCCUGCUCAGGAGAGGGCUCAGGUCUCCAGGAGGCUCCAGAUUUCUCUGCAUGACACCUUAGCUGAAAGGGCUGGUGGCUUCUUGUGGCUUGGUCAGAGCCCUGGUGGGGACAAACCUCAGUCUGUGGGAGGCCCCCCACAGGAUGCUGACCUGGAGUCCUUGGGAGGCCCUUGCACUCCCCUGUCUCCUGGGUCUGGGCCUGGAGAUGCAGGUGGAAGUUGGGUGGGAUGUGCCUCAGGGACUGAGAAAUUUGAAUAUAUGCUUGCUGCAGGGGAUGGGGCCCAGGCAGGUGUCGGGUUCCCACUGCCCACUGGAGGAGAGUCCCUCAGACCAGCUGCCCAGGAUCCUCCGCAGAGUCCUGCACUGUGCCUGGGAGUGUCUGGAAAGGCUUCCACAGAGUGGCAAGAAGCUGAGCACAUCCUGAGGGCUGGUGGUGAUGAUGGCCCUGCUGCCUCACGCAGCCAGGAGGAGCUGGAGGUCAAGGCUCAGCCGGUGUCCAGGGGGAGGCCAGGGCCAGGACUCACUGCUCCCUGGGACACCCUCGCCAGCUCCCUGGAGCCUGCAGCCAGCAAGGCUAGCUCAGGCUCAUCCAUGGGGCAGAGAAGAUCUAAGUGUGCUAAGAAGUCAAGGAGGGGCCCUGUGCCCCAGGCCCAGAACCAGGGCACAGACAGAAUCUCAGACAGCUCCAGCCGGGACCAGCCAGAGGAAUCCAGCCCAAGAGGCUGUCCCAAACUGGAGGAAAUGAAAAUGCCCCAUGGGGUGAAGCAUGUGUGUUACCUUGGUUCCCCGGCAGUGAUCCACCUCCUGGGGGCCAUCAGCCACGGCCAGGCAGGGGGGCCGCAGCCGCCAAAGCUGGAGGUUCUGGAGAACAUGAUGGAGAUCAGCUCAGCCUUACCUGCUCAGAGGCCCAGAAGGAAGGAAAGGCCUGUGGCCCGGGGCCCCACUGGGUGCCAGGAGGGGGUGCCUGUUCAGGAGGCUGAUGCUGAGAGUCCAGUGCGCGGCCCAGUGGAGGCUGAAGAGCAGGAUCCUGGCGAACAUGAUGGGGGAGAGGACCCAGGUCAGCUUCAACCCCAACAGGAGAAGCCAGCCCUGGGUAUUGGGGUACGGAGCACUGUGGUCCGUGCCAUACAGGAGGUGCUAUGGAGUCGCCUUCAGGAGCUCCCAGACCUGGUGCUGAGGGAGGAGGCAGUGGAGGGCGUCGCUGCUGGCAUUGAGGCAGCCCUCUUCGACCUGACACGAGCCACCAACUGCCGCUACAAGACAAAGUACCGCAGCCUGCUUUUCAACCUGCGUGACCCCAGGAACCCCGACCUGUUUCUCAAGGUGGUCCGUGGAGACGUCACCCCUCACGGCUUGGUACGGAUGAGCUCAAUCCAGCUGGCCCCCCAAAGGCUGGCCCGCUGGCGGGACCAGGAGGAGAAAAGGGGCCUGAAGAUCAUUGAGCAGCAACAGAAGGAGCCGUGCCACCUCCCGGCCUCCAAACUGACCCACAAAGGUGAAGUCGAGAUCCUGCGGGACACGGACCAGAUGCUGACCCUGGAGGACCUGGUGGGACCCACGGUAUCCAAAGACUGCAGCCCACUGGCCCUGCCUGCCACGUCAAAGGACACCACAGAGCAGCACGAGGACAUCGCGGAGCAGCAGGAGGACACCACGGAGCAGCACGAGCACCAUUUCCUAGACCCCAGCUGCCGCAUCUGCAUGGACUGGGAGCCCUCAUGUGAGCUGCCAGGCUCCUUCAAAGCCACCAGCAGGUUGGCGGACAGUGUCUUCCGGAGAGCCCCAAGCCCGGCCCCUGUGUCCUCUCCAGAGAUGCCCCAAAUCGGGGAGAAGCCUUCCACAGAGCCCCAGGACAGGGUCACUCCCUCUAGGCUCCAAAUGCCUGCUGGGCCCACAAAGGCCCUGCCCAGCCAGCCACCUUGGGAGGGGACUCUGGACAUGUUCUCCAUCAAGCGGUUCCGGGCCAAGGCCCAGCUGGUCUCAGGACACAGCUCUCAGCUCAUCAUGGCCCUGCCCGAGGUGAUCCGCUCAGCAGGCUGCAUCCCCCCCACCACUGUCUGGGACCUUCUGGCCAGCGUCUGCCCAGCCAAGGCCAAGGACGUCUGCGUGGUCAGACUGUGCCCACACGGAGCCCGGGACACACAGAACUGCCGCCUUCUCUACUCCUACCUCAACAAUAAGCAGCACCAUGGCCUGGCCGCCGUGGAACACGUGGGGGUGGUCCUGCUGCCCCUGCCUGCCUUCCAGCCCCUGCCCACCAGACUGCGCCCUCUUGGAGGCCCAGGCCUGGAAGCCACUCACUCAAGCCUGCUGCUGGCCGUGCUGCUUCCUAAGGCAGGGCUUCCAGACACAGCAGAGACCAGCCUCUUGUGGGGGAAGGUUCGCAAAGUGGUCUCCUUCAACAGAAAAGUGGAGAUGAGAUACUACCAGCUGGAGGACAGAAGGCCAGAUGUGGCCCUGAAGGGCUCCCGUCCCCUUAGGAGUGCCCUGCCCCAGAGCCUGGGCAAAGGCAGCUUGGCACCAAGGGGAAUUUGUGCUUGGCGGAGGUCCCCCAGAGGCAGGGGGAGACUGUGGGGAGAGCCUGAUACCUGGCAGGGUCGUGGGCGAGGGCAGUGGCCCCCAAAACCAGGCUGGUGCCAAUCUGAGCAUCCCUGUUCAACAGCACCAGCCAGCCAUGGCCAGCACCUCCACAGGGCCUCUUGUCCCCACCAAGCCCUGCUCCAGCAUCUCGAAUCCCUAGUGACCAUAAGCUACCAGCUCCAAGCCUCACUGAGAUCCCCAGGCCAGGAGGUCCUUCCUCCACCCGCUGCCCAGCCCCCUGCAGCCCCUGGAAUUCUUGGCCUCCUCUGCCAGCCCCCUGCAGCUCCAGAGCCCCCUGACCCAGCCCCUGACUCCUCUUUGGGCCCUACAGACGGAGCCUGCUCUGAGUGGGGGGCUUACCCCCACUGA